CACCCAAAGAGAAAAGAGCUGGUUCCUCAAAACUAUGGCACUAACUGUUCCUAUCCAAGGAUUUCUGAACGCUCUGGCAUAUGGCUGGACACGUGGAGAUUUUAGGAGUGUCAUGUCAUUACGCCACCUCAGCUCCCAGGCAGAGUCACCACAUGAAGCUCAGGAUUCCAGUCAGGGAGAAAAUGAGAAAGAAGUCACGGACGAAGAUAUUUAUGAGAGGAAUGGAAGAAAGUAAAGCUAAGCUGUCAGGGAAGUCUUUCAGUACUUAUCUCUUGAAACAAGAAGCCAUGCAGGAACUUUCACGGUGGUGGGACAUACUAUUAGAGUGUAGACUGACUAGGAUCCUACUUUUCCUUACAUACUAUUGGCAAUGGCAUAGAGACGAAAUCGGUUUAUUAAACGGUCAAUUUUGUCCCUUGUCUCGUGUCUCUCAUGUCAUCUCAAUAUUCAUG